AUGGAGGAUGAUGUUGAUGCACCACCCCAGUCAACAUGGUGGCAACUAGAGGACACCCCUUCCGCUUCGUCCAACAAGACUUCAAGCAUUCCAAAAAUCCCAAUCAAGAUUCCAAUCAUUCAUAGACUACGAAACAGGUCAAAGCGGAAGGAAAGAUCUAUUCCUGUUCCUGAAUACAUCGCUCCUAUUAGUGCCUCAGCGAAGCAAAACGAUGUCGCACCUGUGAUUCCAUCUUCUCCAAAGUUGCAAAGAUUUCGAAAUAGUUCAAAACGAAGAAACAGAUCCAUUUCAAUUCCUGAAGAUAUCGUGGGAGUUUCAGGCACUGCACCUCUGACUCCGUCUCGAAAAAACGAGAGUGAGAAAUCACUACAUACCCCUCCGGAAAUACGACGGCAAAGAAUAUUUGAUGCUAUUGAUAGAGCAACGAGCAUAGAGAAGGAUGUCAUUUCGAGCUUCAGUACCCAAAAGUCUGAUCGGAAGAAGUCCCCAUCUCUGAGUCCUGGAAGCUUCAAGCGAGAUCAAAGUGCAGGAUGGAAUAGCUAUAGCACUCUGAGAACAGCUGAACUGUCCUCAAGCACUGCCUCUGUGCCAUACAGCAGUCCACAUACAAUUGGUAGCACCAGCCGGCGAAAUAGUCGAAAGAAAACAGCCCAAUCACCAUUGACACAAUCAAAGUCUUCCCUGGAUAGCACCCCUGAGUUUUCCGAGCUCUCACCAGAACAUGAUUCUAAAAGAUCGAUACACAUCUCCGAAUUGGGUCCUAGCUCCAAGCGUUCGCUGACGAUAUCAGAGUUGAGUAAUUCCUUUUCAACUCGCCCUCCAAGAUCAUCAAAUUAUCUUCGAACCAGUGGGUCAUCAUCAUCUCAUGUAAGAACUAGUGGUGGGUCCUCGUCUCAGAUUCUUCCGGCGAGUAUGACGGCAUAUCGGCAGUCAUAUUCGGCCCACUCUAGAUCUGUUGCCGUUGAUCCAUCGGAUCGGUCGUCAAAUGGCUCAUCCUCGAUGCGAUCAUCCGCUAGAUCAGUGCUAAGAUCAAGUCGUACCGAGAAGAGCAAAAAGACCGAAAAGCAGCUGAGUUUGGCACAAUCAUCGUCCAUCGCCUCCUUGGAGAACUACGGUAAGCUCUCGCAACGAAGAUCUUCUGCUACACAAGAGUCCAUGGCUAGAGCAACAAAAAUGUUACACGAAGUAUUAGAAGUUGAAGAACUUUCAUCUUUACUCAAGACAAAAAAAACUGGAUCCAACCUUCAACAUAGCACAUCCAAUUCAAACCGUUCUCUGCGUUCUGUUUCCAUCCGUUCUGGACGAUCGAUGUCACGUCGGUCUAUAUCCCGAAGGUCUGGGUCACCUUCUCAUCGUCAAAGAUCCUUGCAAGAGAUUGUGACACAUUCUUUCAUGUCCACAGAUUCCAGCAGUGUGGACGGGAUUUCGUCGUUGGAGGAUUCACCGAGUGUUGAGGCAACCUUGAGGCGAAAUAUUGCAAAGGGAAACGAGGGAUUGCUGUUGCCGAGGUCACAAAGGAGGCAGAGCCAAAAGAAGAAGAAUGAUAUGAUGGAUAUUUCACUGAUGGCGCGAAGGGGGUCUCGCGACAUGUCCAUUUCCCUCCAUACUGGCGAUUCCUCGGUGCGCAAUUCCAAGAGUCAAGACAGCUUGAAUCGAUUCCACUCGACACAUGAAUCAACUGUCAGCCCCGUAGCUCGGGAGUCCAGACGGAGUACAAGAACAUCCUCCGGUAAUUCAAAGCGAAGUAUGAGGACAAGUGACAAUUCCAAUAGGAAUUCCAGGUCAAUUGAAAUGAGGAAAAAGUCGUUACAGAGAAGAAAGAGCGCCGCAGCAGCGCUUGGCGACAUUCCACGAACCAUUGAAUUUGUCACGAUGGUACCAAUCAUUCCUCCGAGUCCUCCUGCUGAAGCCAAGAGCAGGUCCUCUCGGACAUCUUCGAGCAAGUCAUCGCCGGCAUCAUCUAAAUCAUCCAGCAAGUUGUCGCCCGUAUCAUCAACAGCUUCCAACAAGCUACCAUCUCGUAAGCAAUCACCAAAAGUAGCAUCGGCAGGGGCUCGUCACAUGUUCAAGAGCAAACGCAGAAAGAAAGGCAAACGAAAUUCCAAAAAAGAUCAAGAUCAAAGUUCCGCAUCCCAUGCGAGUGAAUCCUUGCCGUCGCUCUUUGGAACUGCUUUGUGCUUGGACCACAGUAGCCAUCAUAAUCCAACCACAAGCCCUUUUUUGCAAUACGAUGUCGGUCUGAACGAUGCUACACCCCAGACUGCCGUCCGCCAACGCAGUGUGGGUUCUAUGAAUAGUCUUCUCAGGAAUAGCUUCGGUUCUCUCGGAUCGAACGGGUUUGUCCUGACCGAAGAAGAAGAAGGUGGUGGUGGGGUGACCAGCCCUUCGGUUUCGUUAGAAAGCGAUUUCUUAAGCGCCGCAUCACCACCCACUGGACUGUUUCUUCCACGAAAGAAGGAAAAGAAGAAGCCGAGAUCUAUAAAGAAGAAGCGGAAGAAGAAACGUCCUAUGAUGGCGACGACAAAGUAA